UUUCUAUUGGGUAUUCAUCCAGUGUUUCAAACUCUUAUUUUCACACUCAUCAAUUCGGCCACCACUGCCCUCGGAGCUAGUUUGAUCUUUUGUUCUAAUGAAUAUCAAAAUGUUUCAUUCACAAAUGAUGUCUUGAUUCCAUUGUCAAUUUCAUUUGGAGCUGGUGUCAUGUUAGGUGCUUCAUUCUUUAGUUUAUUAUUACCUGCCAUUAAUCAUUUUGGAGAAGAUGAUACAAAAUUUGAAAUGCUAUUAGUUGUUGGAUUGAGUUUUCUAGUUGGAGUUGUUGCUAUUAUGAUUUUUGAUGGAUUAGUUCACAAAAUUCAACAAUUUAUUGAGAAGAAAUUGAAAAAAAGUAGAGGAAUUCAAGUAAAUGAUUCGGUGGAAGAGAACGUGGAAAUGAAUCAAAUUGAAAGUUCUGAUAAUGUUAAUCAACAAGAUGAAAUUGAUUUGGAACAUCAUAAAAUAGAAAAUAGACACAAGAGCUGGGUUAUUUUCACAGCCAUGACUCUACAUAAUAUUCCAGAAGGAAUUAUCGUGGGAGUUGCCUUUGCUGCGGCAGCCAAUUCUGCAAGUUCUGGAGCUACACUGUUUAGUGCAAUUGCUCUUUCAUUUUCAAUUGCUAUCCAGAAUAUUACAGAAGGUAUCUCUGUAACCUUUCCAAUAUUUGGAUCUGAAACUAAUGGAUCUCUCUCCAGAAGAAUAUGGAAAGCAUUUGCUUUAGGAGCAGCCUCUGGAUUGACUGAACCAUUAGGAGGUCUAUUUGGUUGUUUAUUGGUAUUUAUCUCAUCUACAAUUUUACCGUAUGCCCUUUCUUGUGCCUCUGGAGUCAUGCUUGUAGUAGUGAUUGAAGAGUUAGUUCCACUCACCAUGUCAAAAACUUCAAAAAGUCAAAUCUUGGCAAAGAUUUCAAUUUUAUUCUUUUUUAUUGGAUUUGUGGCCAUGAUGGCAUUAGAUAUUGGCCUG